AUGUUGACGGCUCUCUUCCUUGUUCAAGUCCCGCCGGGCACCAAGCAUACUAGCAGAUUGAAAGGUGGUUAUAUACCAAGUUUGCUAUGCGAUAUCGUGUUGGCAGGAACCGAUGCUGUGGAAGCCCUAGAGCUGUUCUCUCGGCUUCUUCAGGAAGAAACUGCCCCCUCAACGUCUCUCGGGUAUAUGACAUUCGAUGCCCAUGUUGGUGACACCGCCUGUCAACUCCGGGCCUGCAUGCUGAUGUCGCUCCGGCAACAUCUGCUGCAAACAGACUCGGGAGAACGAUUCCAGAAUCAUGUCAGUCACGUUACUGAUGAGCUCCGAUCUCUCGUGACUCGAGCACGUACUAUGUGUCGUGUCCUGACGGCCGAAAGAUUCAGAUUCAAGAAUGUCGGUCUCCAUCCCACCGGCAUAUCUCGCUGCGGUCUCCUGGAGAAGUUAGGCUGGAAAGAGCCGGGCCUAGAAGGUCAGACAAAAUUUGUGGGAGCAGAAAAUGAAUGGAACCCCGACAAUUUACUCCAGGUAACGCGCCUGCUAAUCUACUGUCAUGUUUUGUCGAAGUACAAACGAUUUCAGCGUCGACAGCAUAUCAUCGGCGCCGAGCUGGACUUCAGCCUGCCGAUACAACGCGCUGCACAGCUUAUGGGGAGCGAUUACAAUCUGAACAACAAGGACUUUUGGCAUUGGACUCAACCAAAGCGCGUUGAACACGACUUUACGUGCAUGCAGAUAUGGAUCUCUCAAAUGAGCUGUGCUUGGUUGAAAAGCCUGACUCAAACUGAAGACUCAAGCAAUACAUUGGGAAGGUUGAUGGAAACAACAAUUCGUUCUAGCCGCAAAGGUCUGGAGGCUGUGCCGAGUUACGUUGGAUUUCUCGCUAUACGUCAACAAUGGGCGCAAGCACCGCCCCCAAUCCUACUUGUGGUCAGGCGAUUUUGUAGUUCCUCAGAGCCAUCCAUUCAAUGGGAGCUGCAACACGUCACAGCGGCAGAGUUGAUGUCUUCUGGUUCCGCGGAGCCACGCCUCAUAAUAUGUGGGAACUCGAUCGAAGGAACAUUGCAGGAUUACCUUCUAGCGUCCUCGAUUGCUACUCGCCACCGUGAGGAUCACUGCCCAGACAACAAAAACCAUUGCUCCCGCAUCCUCUCUGCCGACCACGACCAGUUAGCUUUUGCGACAUUCGCCACACACAAGCAUUACGCUUAUGCCCUGCAAAACGGAGAAGAGGCAGAGGGAGCCGAUGCCAUAGUUUCUCGCAUUCUCGAGCAAUUUGAGCCAGGUUUAUCACAGAAGCUACAGUAUUCCCGGGAUAUCGCCAGUGACCUUGGUACUUGCCAUUCGCUCAAAACCUUCAUGUGGCAACAUAUUUUCCUGGAAACUGAGGGUCGUUUGGCUUAUCAUAUGGAGGAACAUGAAAGCUCACUACCGCUGAGUGCUCCGUUGAAGAUCUAG